AUGGGGAUUCCUGGUCUGAAAGAUGAACUCGGUCCUGGGGAGCGUAUCUCCUUGGCCAGAUACUCAGUCGGCCAUCUGCAACGCACGAGAAAGCCAUUACGCUUAGCUGUUGAUAUUUCCAUAUGGCUUUUUCAAGUCCAGGCAGCACAAGGAGGGGCAAAUCCCGCCCUUAGGACCCUCUUCUUCCGACUAACGAGGCUGAUUUCUCUGCCAAUCCAACCAAUCUUUGUUUUCGAUGGGCCACAUAGACCGGAUUACAAAAGAGGCCGGCUGGUCAACAAGAAUGCCGCCGCCGCACAAAUAGAGCUUUCAAGGAAGCUAAUUGAACUAUUUUCGUAUCCGUGCCAUAUGGCCCCGGGGGAAGCCGAGGCAGAAUGUGCAAAACUGCAGCAGGCAGGUGUUGUUGAUGCCGUUAUGAGUAACGAUGUUGAUGCCCUCAUGUUCGGCUCCAAGGUUACCCUUCUCAAUUAUUCUAAGGGCUCGGCCAAGCAGUCAGGAGCUGCAACCCAUGUUGAUUUGUACAAUACCGAGGCGGAAGAUGGAGAUAGCAAGGUCACACUGGAUACCAGGGGCAUGAUUUUAGUUGCAUUACUGAGUGGUGGAGAUUAUUCGCCUGCUGGUGUAGCUCUCUGCGGUCCAAAACUAGCAGUUGAGAUCGCUAGAGCUGGUUUCGGCGAAGAUCUUCUUGAAAUAACUCAGGACUUACUAUCUGGGCGAUCAACCAAGAAAGCCGAAGAGGCAUUGUGUGAAUGGCGGGAACGCCUUCAAUAUGAACUCCAGAGUAAUGAGAGCGGGUAUUUUAAAACUAAACAUAAAGCCGUUAAGAUACCUGCCGACUUUCCGAAUUUGGCAGCUUUACGAAGUUGUGUUGAUCCGGUCACCUCGUCCCUCAAGGAGAUGGAUGCACUUCGCCGAUCUGACAUAUGGGGCAGAAGAGUCGAUGUUGACCGGCUUCGCACAUUUGUUGGCAGAUACUUGGGGUGGAAAAAUGCAAUAGGGGCCAAGAACUUGAUAAGAAAACUUGCGCCCUCUUUGCUAAGCUAUAAUUUAUUUUAUAGCUCUCUUGGAACACCGAAGGACAAGCCGCCACUUAAAAUAUUGGGUUACAAGUCGGCCGAUUCCUUUGAUGCAUUACCAGUGUUGAAACUAGAAUAUGUGCCCCUCCAAAUUGUCAAUGUUGACCUGGACCAGGAAACUACCACUACUAGUCCACAAGAAGAGGAGGUUAUGAACAGUGACUCUUCCGAUAAUGAUGAUACACCAAAGGAAAGUCACGCUAUGGUCAGGAAAAGUACUCUGGCUGAGUAUGACCCGUCUGCUUCCCAGAAAGCAUGGUUGUUUGAAGCCAUAGUACGUCGGGGUAUCCCAGAUACCGUGGAUGAUUGGUAUGUGGAGUGCAAGAAGAAGGAGGCUGCUAAAAAACGGCUGGUGAAGAAGUCUGAGACACGGAAGAAAAAACCCAAAGUGGUUGACCCGGGAAUGAAAGCUGGUUCUAUUCUCCGGUAUGGAACUAUAACCAAAGGACCUGUUAUACAAAGGAAUGCCACGUCUUCAUUGGCCAAGGAGUCACCUCCUUCUAGCAACCACAGCCUUUCAUAUAGCGACAUAGCGGGGACACAAACGCCUCCGAUUUCGUCUGGAAAAAGUACAGACCCCCCUGCUUCCUCUGAAUUUAUCGAUCUAACAUUCAGUGACCCGUUGGAUGACCCGGUGGGUUUAGAUCAUACGCAAGACAAAAAAGAUACGUUCACGAGAUAG